AAAAAGGAAACAAGGAUAUCGUGUCAGAAACGGAGCAAAAACCAAAGAUUCAGUGCUAAAUUAAGCAUUACUUUCUACCCCGCUCACAUAAAAAGCGCGGUAGUGGUGUGUCGUUAACUUUGCACUAUUGUAUUCCUUCAAUAAAGUGUCAUUUAAUUAUUAUUUACUUAAACUCCAAAUAGGCGCAUACCGUAAGAAUCAGUUCGAUCAGGUAUAACCACGUAAGCUAGAAAAGUUCGUCACCAUUUGGCCAUUUCUUAUUCCCGUAGUUUUGAUAUUUGCUAACUGCAGAUGUUUAAAAUUUAAAGAUUUGCUGCACUAGAAUUAGAUAGAAGUUUCAUGGCGUGAAGGAAAUAAAAGAGAAAAAAGCCUAGUUACCCAAAGAAGAGGGGGAUUUUGUAUAUUUUAUUUUAUUAACAUAAGGACAAAAAAGAGCGCAAUUAGAAGUGUGCCAGAAAGAAAUGGAGAUUUUGACCAGGCAUUACGGUAUUUUGGAGAAAAGGAUUCUAAGCAGUUUAGCGGCCAGCAAUUUACGUCAUCGAACUAAAGACUCAACUGGAUUAUGGCUUGGACCAUUAAUUGGUACAAGUACUUUAAUGACUUUCCUAAAAGAAGAUUCCAGCUAUUCUGAAAUAUGUUUGUUAACUGGUAUUGCUGGAGGCGGCUUAAUAAUUAGUUGUAUAUGUCUUUAUAUUCGACUGAUGAUGAAAAAUGUAGCAGCAAAAGAUUUUCAUGUUGUAUAUUUUGUACCUGCAAUAAUAUUAUCAACUUUAUUUCUUCUUGUUGGUAAUAAAGGAUUACUAGUAAGUGUAACAUGGGGUAUUGUAGUUGGAAGCUUCAGUACAUGGGGUGUUAUUCAAUUGAUAUCCAGUUGUCCUAAUUGUUUUACUUUGGGUGAAGCAACUGCAGUUACACAUAGCUUAGUUCUUUUUUUAGUCUCUGCUUUCACAAAUUUACCAUUGAGAUACCAUUUGCCUCCUAUUCAUGAUAAUGAUAUAAUUACUGCAAUAUUACAGGUUAUUAUUCUUUAUGUAAUAUUAAUUUGCUGUUUAUGUGUAAAUUUACCAAAAUUACGUCAAUUACCACAAUUUUUCUUAUUAAUGAUUGGAAUGCUAUUUACAAUAGUAAUUCCUGCUUUAUAUAUUAUUCUUGAUCAAAAUCCAUUUUUUUGGGUUCUCUCAUUUGCAUUUAGUACAUAUAUUACAAUAUUUUUACUUCUCUACUGGGCUGUAUGCUUAUUGUUUGCUUUGUUUGCUGUAAAAUAUCAAAUUUCUCAAAAAUCUAAAGCAACUACUUCGAACAGAAAAAUUUUUCAUGUGUUAGUGGUCAUGGUAUAUAUUCCUGGUUUAAUUUCGCAACCAACUUUCUUGUAUUUAGCAAGUGGUACAGUUCUUGUUCUGUUUUCAAUUAUUGAGCUCUUAAGAAUUUUAAAUUUGCCACCUUUGGGAAAAUUUCUUCAAGAUGGCUUUUCUGCAUUUGUUGAUGAAAAAGAUACAUUGAUUUCAUUAACUCCAUUAUAUUUAUUAUGUGGUCUAUCAGCUACACUUUGGAUGCCCACUGAAAGCAUGGGUUUAUUACCUUUGAUGAGUGGUGCUUUAACAAUUGGUGUAGGAGAUACUGCUGCAAGUUUUUUUGGAAGUAAUUGGGGAAAACACAAAUGGGUAGGAUCACAGAAAUCUAUUGAAGGUACAAUUGCUUGUGUCACUGCUCAACUAAUUGUAAUAUUUGGAUUUGCUACUUUCGGAUGUAUAGAAAGUACGUCAUUGCUAGUCAGAAGCAUAUGCUCGGUCAUAUUGAUAUCACUUGUUGAAGCUCGUACUGAACAAGUAGACAAUCUGGCAUUGCCAUUCCUAAUGUACCUGUGCCUUACAAUUUAAAAUAGAAUUAAAUUAUCCGUCCCAAUGUGAUUCAAA